AGGACGCGGCCGCCAUUUUGUGAAGGAGCGAGAGGGGCAGCGCAGGGUGGAGGGAGCUUUGAGGGUGGGGGGGUUGGAGAUUGACGGCGGAGCAGCAAGGGGUCGGUUCCGAGUGGCCCGUGUGUGUUGUCUCUGCUUGCGGGCGAACGGAGCGGACUGAAGUCGCGGGACUUCUCCCUUGGAGCUUCUGUGCCGAGAAUCCGAUGUUGGGCUCGGCUCCCUGGCUGAAGACAGCACAUCAGCCCAUGAAAACUUCUAUUCCCAGCCAAAGGAAGGAGUCCAGCACAAGGCAGCACCUGUUCUUUCAGGCUUGGAAGCAAGAAAGGGGGCAAGAGUUGGAGGGUGUGGAAUCUGAGAAGACAACUGAGAGGUGACAUUUAAGUUGAAGAUGGGUGGUGGAGAAAGAUACAACAUUCCAGUUCCCCAGUCUAGAAAUACCACCAAGAACCAUCAACAACUUAAAACCAGGCAGAAGAACAAAGAGCAGAACUCGCAGAUGAAGACCUACAUGAAGAAGGAAAGAGGACGUGGAGGCAGCUCAUCCCCUGGGGCAUGGCAGGCCAUGCAGAAAGGGGGCAAGAGCAACGUUCCCUUCCCCAGCAAUCCCAACAAUCACAACCUGUUGUUCACCCCCCAGAGCAACCAGAACUAUGCUGGAGCCAAGUUCAGCGAGCCACCCUCCCCAAGUGUUCUUCCUAAGCCUCCGAGCCACUGGGUACCUGUUUCUUUUAAACCUUCUGACAAAGAAAUUAUGACAUUUCAGCUGAAAACAUUACUAAAAGUCCAGGCUUGAGAUGUAACUUUUCCUUAUUUUUCAGAAGUGAUUUAAAUUGACAGGGUUUCAAAUCUGAGCAUUGUUAUUCCUAACUCCAGCUGCACAGGUGUGCGGAGCCAGGUGUUCUUGCUGCAUGUAGUUAGUCACUUGGAAGAGGGGUGGAAGUUUACAUUCCCCUCAUGUUUUACCUCAAAAGUUCAGUGCUGUGUUCACGUCACUGUGAAAUAGGUAUUUUUCUCUAAAAUCAGUCAAAUCAAAUCCUGAACAGUCACCGUUUAUUGUAUUUAUUGUAAGAGUAAAUGGGACUGUCUCCCAGAAUUGGAAAAUUGUGAUUUGAAUCGUUAGAAAACCAGCUCUUACCUAACUUAAUGCAGCAUGAACUGGAAAAAAAAAAAAACUGCACUGAAAGCUUUAGUCAGGUUAUUUGCUGCUUUUCAGACUGGUGUAAAAUUGUGCUAAACAAACAUUCUGUGGAUUUGCUGAGCAGAAACCUCCCCCUGGGCACAAGGUGAAGCACAGACCAUUCUCUUACCUGUACCUGUGAGCUUUGGUGGCACUCCUGGAGUGGGGGAUGAGCAUUUCAAGCCCGUGACUCUGAUCUAGAACGUCCUGAAGGGAUGGAAGAAGUCCAGGCAGAUCCGUAAUGCCUCUCUCCAGCUCCAGCAGUGCUUCCCGAGAAUCUCCACGAGUCAGAGUGCCAACUAAAGACUUUGCAUUGCCAGGUGACUGCCAAAAAACUCCCCAAAAAUCCCUUGGAUGCCCACUGCACUGAGGAGUUCUAAACCACAUUUUUCUAUCAGUUUUUAUAAUGAUAAAAGGUGAGGUAGUUCCUUAAGACUGGUCUUAAAUUGGUUCCCUUCUAAUAAUUAACAGUAGUUUGGGGCAGGUAUUCAGUGUUUUCACAGGGAAGACAGAGCCAUGUAAAUACAUGUAAAACAUUGUAGCAUAUGUAAAUUUAUGCUGGGCUUUCCUGCACAGAAGUAUUUUUAGUACAAAACUGCUGAAUGUAAGAUGACCAUGUUGAGUACGUGGCCUAGUUUAAAAAAAAUGUUAUUUUGUUUAAAAAAAAAAAAAAAAAGACAUUUGUGGCUGUGCCCUUGCACUUCACAUGCAGUGAAUAUGCACGUUGUACUUCGUUGUGAGCUCAUUUUUUAAGGUUAAAUCAGUGCAAAAGAGGCUUAUUUAGAUUUUUUAAAUAAAAUAAAAAAAACUU